AUGGGAAACCACCUUACAGGGGAAUGUAGUAAAUGUAAUUCCAUUGAAAAACAGGAUAUUACGUGCCCAAGCCAUCCCGUUGCUUUAAAGCUGUUAAAUUACUGUAAUAUACCACUGGCUGCUCCGUCAGCUAACAAGUUUGGCCAUAUAAGUCCUACUAGCGUAGAACAUGUGCUUUCCGAAUUUCCAAACGAUUUCAUGUAUAUUAUCGAUGGAGGAACUUGUGACAUUGGGAUAGAAUCUACUGUUGUAAAGAUUGACAGUGAUGUUUCUACUCACUCUGAUUAUUCUACAAAUUACGAGGAAUUGGAAGCUUUUGUGGAUGCACUAUCGUCUUCUGACUAUGUUGACAAUAGUAAUCAAUGGAAAGGGUUAUUUGAACAAAUAGAGAGAGCAUCUUCUGCAAAAACACUCACAAUAUUACGCAAGGGUGCAGUGACGCAAGAAAUGCUAAAAAAUUCCCUUGGAGCAAAAAUUUUCAGAGACAUUAGGGUAGAGCACAAGGUCGCAUCUCUGAGCAGUAAAAGCGUUUGUGAAGCUCCUGGAAUGCUUCUAAGACAUUAUGCUCCAAAUGUGCCUACUUAUAGAGUAUGCCUCGAAAGUGAUGAAGGAUCCAAUGAGGUUUCUGCAGCUGAAGUCGUAAUGAUUGACAUUGGUGGAAAAUUAGGGGCUUGGAGAAAUCACUUCAUGCAAUACAUUGAGACAAGCGAUGAUUCGGAUGCACUUGCGAAACAACUUUAUUCCCUACUGCGAACUGCAGAAUCGCUAGCCAUGGGUGGCAAUAAUAGCAUAAUCGCAAUACACUACGAAAACAAGCACGGUGACAUGGGUGAAGCUAUAAGCGAUAGACUCUACAGGGCAACAUCAGGAAAAAGUAUUUAUUGUGAAGUCACAGAUGAAAUAAGUUUUAAAUGGUAG